AUGAUAUUUGGCGCCAUUUGUCGAAAACAAUCCAACUACGCUAAAACCGGCCAAAACCUACAGCAGUUUAUGAGUGCUUUUAAGCAGCCUAGUCUUGAUGGUUUUAAAAGCAAAACCAACAAGGGUCAGAGCAAGCAGAACCAGGUUCAAGAGAAAGUCUCGGAGGCAGCAGACAAUCAACAUGAAAAAUCUCUUGAGAACAAAACUGAAGAAAAAUCUCUUGAGAGCAAAACUGAAGUCACCAGCUCGGAGCAGCAUGAAGAGCAGAAGAGCUGUCCAGGUGACAAAAAGAAGCGAGUUAGGAAAUCUGGGAAGAAGGGGCACGCUAAGAAAGCUGAAGAUGCACAAGCUGCAACUCCGAAACCUGAAGAACCUCCAACAGAUGUCGACAAAGACAGUAGCCCAGCUGAUGAUGACAACAGUGAAAAGGCUGUCAGAGAGCUGAGGAGGUCGACCAGAGAGCUUUCACGUAGACAGUCAGCCGCUGUGCUUAAUACCGCACCACAGAAGAAAGAGAGGCAAGAGGACACAAAGAAAGAUGAUGAGAACCAAAAUACACCCUCUCCCUCUCUGGCCUCUACCCCAAAAGCUCAAAGACCCAAAAGAGGCAUGUAUAGAUCUGAAAUGCUCUGCCCACCAGACAUGAAAGGCAGCCCUAUCAGAAUGAGAAUCACCAGGGUAUUUCCAUCCUCUGCUACAAAAGCUGGUGAUUUUGAAAUAUCAAGUCCUCUCUCAACACAGGAAUUAAAUGCAGUUAAAAAGAUAAAACAAGCUAGAAAGCUGGUGCAGAAAGCCAAAACUCUUCAGCAAAGUAAAAAGGACACUAAUAAAGAUAAAGACACUGUACGAUGCUCUACAAGAAGCAAAGAGUCCAUCAUAAAUUACUGUGAAGAUAAGGAUUCUGUAGUGUUUUUGGAGGAAAGCAAAAGCACUCCAGUCACCUCACAGGAAAAUGACAAAAGCCAGAAGAAGCUUCGUAGUUUGAAUGAAGUUUUGGGUAAAAAUACAUCUCAAAAUAAAACAUCUAAGACGUAUCCUGCAGCUUCUAAAGUGGCUCCUCUGUUCGGUGAGAAAAAAGCUCAGAGACCGUCGGCUGUCAUUUCCAUUUUUGACGACAGCAGUCGAGAGGCAUCAGAGAACUCGCAAGAUGAUGAACAGUUCAGAGCAAAGAGAGAGUUUCUGAAGAGUGGCCUUCCAGAGUCCUUCAAAAAGCAGAUCGCAAAGACAGCAGCCAGCCGAGAAGCUUACAGUCAGGCCUGUGCUUCCUUCCAGACAGUGGUUCAUGUCCAGCAGAGGGCUGCAGAUUGUUCUGUUUGGAAUCUCCAGUGGCCCACAAAUCCCUUCCUGAGUUGUUUGAAGGAGUCCUAUAAUUUACCGUCUGUACCUCUGAUGUCUUUGGACAAGUCUUUAGGUUGUGCUACAGUUCCUGCGAAAAGAGCUGGUUGCCAUCAGAUGUCCUGUUGUCGAAGAUCUGAGUUUUCUGAGCCAAUCAGGCUGCAUCUUUUGGAGGAGAUGAGAAUCUCCAAUCCCUCCUUCCCUCAUCAAUGCUUUUUUACACGGUUUGUUAAGUCGUAUGGAGUGAAAGAGGAUAUGCUUUGGACAGAGAAGUAUCUACCGCAGCACUCCAGUGAAGUAAUCGGGAAUAUGGAGUCUGUCCGGAGGCUACACAGCUGGCUGAAAGAGUGGAAAUUGAGAGCUGACCGGGAAGAGAAGAGGAAACAGCAGGAAAAUAAGCAAGAGGAGGACAGUAAUGACUCCUGGCUCAUAGGUGAAGGCCUGGAUGAGACAGAAGAUAAUUUGUGUAACACACUUCUUAUCACUGGACCCACUGGAGUGGGCAAGACUGCUGCAGUCUAUGCCUGUGCACAAGAACUUGGAUUCAAGGUAUUUGAGGUGAACUCCUCGUCUCAAAGGAGUGGUCGUCAGAUCUUAUCCCAGCUGAAGGAAGCCACUCAGUCCCACCAGGUGGACAUCCAGGGUGUCAACGCUCAAAAACCAUCCUACUUCAGCAAUUAUAGCAACAACAGCACCACCACCAAACCUGGCAACUCUCCCAGGAAGUUGAAUUCCCCCAGAAGGGUUGUAUCAUCGCCCAGGAAGCCUCCUCAGUCCCCUCGAAGUGCUUCAUCCAGAAGAGGAGGCUUGGCUCCGACAUCUUUGGCCAAUUUCUUCAAAGCGGGUGGAAGACCCACGGGCAAAGAAGCAAACAGUCAAGACAAGAAAACACAACCUGUCUUAAAAGCAUGUUCGAAAAAGUCUGCCAAAGCAAAAGAGGCUGACAGCAAAGAGUGCCCCGGGGAAACAUCAGCAGGCACCAAGAUCUCCACUGAAGACCAGGACAAGAGGGCUGCCACAUCUCUUAUCUUAUUUGAGGAGGUGGAUAUCAUUUUUGAUGAUGACGCUGGAUUUCUGGCUGCAAUAAAACACUUCAUGACUACAACCAAGAGACCAGUUAUUCUAACAACCAGCGAUCCAAUCUUUGGUGCUUCGUUUGAUGGAUACUUUGAGGAAAUCCAUUUCAAAUCUCCUUCAGUGGUGGAUGUGUCCAGUUACCUCCAGCUGCUGUGUCUAGCAGAAAACAUGAGAACAGACACUAAGGAUCUGUCCUGUCUGCUGGACUGGAACAGGUGUGAUAUUCGUCAAAGCCUCCUGCACUUGCAGUUUUGGGCCUGCAGUGGUGGUGGACAGCAGGUGCAUCGGCCUUUGCCUUCCUCAGAGCUCAAAGGGGACGUCAAGAGUGACAUUCACCAUCAGUCUGUCAAAGCUCAGGAUGUAAAUGAGGAUAAAAUACCACCCUGCCACACUGCAUGCACAGAAAGUUUGCUGGGGAUCCGAAAUAUGCAAACAGAAAAUAUUGCAGAUUUGCUGCUAAAGCAUGAGUCUUCAGUAAUAGACAGCGUUAGGUGCUGGGAUCUUCUCUCAGAGGUCCAUAGAAGGGGAGUGAAUCUUCUCUACUCGAAUAUGGAGAGUCUGCUUCCUCUGCCAACUCGUCUUUUACCACAGUCCACACUCAAAUCACAACCAACACCAAACCCACAGUCCCAUCCUGAGCAAGUACCUCAGACUGUGAGGUUGGAAGUUUUGGAAGAACCCUCUGAUGAUGGUAGUCCCCUUAAAUUGUCCUCUAGAAUGAGGGGGCGGAAAAAGAUGGGCAUUGGCAAUAAAGACGUUUUCCAGUCUGAUUCAGAGUCGGAGGACGACUUACUCUCACUAACAAAAACCAGCCAAGAUCCUGCUCAAAGCACUAAUGUAGAUCCAGCCAAUGUGUCUGUGAAUGUGUCCAAAGCUGCGCCGGUAAAACCAAGGCGUGUUGUGUUAUCCGAAGCUGAAAGGAAGAAGAGCAAACCAGUGAUGCAGUGCCUAAGCAGUUUAGCAGAGUAUAUGGACCACAUGUCCUUCCUAGACUCCUCACUGCGCUACCAGCCGCUGCAAACGGAGGGUUCCUGCAGAACACAAGUCUUUGGCUGGACUGGUGCAGAGGUCAAGAGUGGGAUGACCGAUGACAUUCGGUUAGAGUGUGUCAGCCGAGUAAAUGGUGUUAAUGUCGAUGAAAUCCAUGCUGCAUUGGGGCACUUGAGUUUUAGGAAGUGCAAGGCUGUAGUCUCCGAAGCCUGGGACAGAGCACAGCAACUGGAGGAGGAGAUCAGAAGAGAGGCAGAGGAGGAGCUCACCCUCCCUGUGGCUCCACACAAAGAUGGGUUCAGCCUUACCCAAACUACACCUUGUGACCCAAGGGUGAUGGAGAGGAGAAGUGAGGUGAUGAAGUCGGUGCUCUCCUCCAGAUCAGCUGGAACUCUUGGAAACCAGGCAGCAGCGGCUCUGGACUACCUCCCCUCUCUACGUACCAUUUGUAGGUCAGAGAAACUGAAGGAGCAGGGAAAGAUCAAACGCAGGUUCUUGCACUAUUUGGACGGUAUACACUUCACUCUUCCUAAAAGCACAGUGGAGUUCCUGGCUUCUGAGUUCCCUUAAAUUACACGCAUCUUUAGGCAGCCGCUUAUUGCAUUUGUACAGUAAUAUAUACUCAGAAGGAGUGUGGUUUUAUGUUAUGUGGACAGCACAUAUUUGUAGUUUUAAAUGUGCUGUUUCCCAUUAUCGUUUGUUUUGUACUGCCAUGCAUCUUCCAAAAUGUUUUAUCAAGUAAUAAAUUUGGAUUUGCUAUUUGCCAGCAAACAUGUUUUUCUCAAAAUAUGUAUGUAAUUUGCAAGAGCACUAGUGAAAAUGGUGCUAUUUGAAUUUUUGUACAGUUUGUGUAUGAUUUUUUCCCCCCCAAACGCAUGCAUUUAAUCACCUUUACAUGAUGUGAGAAGUCAGAACUUGCAUUGUUUUUAUAUGAAACCCAUGACUUAUGUGAGUCAUGACACGCACUUUUCACUUCCACAUCUUCUAAAUGGGAUGGUUUUAAUUCACUUUAAUCUGGGAAGAUAACUGUAUACCUGUAAAACCAGUAAAUGCAACAUUUUGUUCUGUAUGCAGUUUCAGUGUGACUGGAGUAUAUUUACUAGCUUGCAAAAAUAUGUGGCUUUGGCACCUGC